CGUUAUAUCCGGUGGAACUACCUACUCGUACGCAGUCAUGGCAGCAUUUGGUGAAAUGGGUGUUAUGCCUGAAAUUGCUCAGGCUGUCGAGGACUUGGGCUGGCUGCUUCCCACUGACAUCCAGGCAGAGUCUAUUCCAUUGAUUCUCGGAGGUGGAGAUGUACUCAUGGCUGCAGAGACGGGAAGCGGUAAGACUGGGGCCUUUAGUAUCCCAGUGAUCCAGGUAGUGUAUGAGACUCUGAAGGACCAGCAGGAGGGCAAGAAGGGCAGAACUGCUGUGAAGGCCGGUGGAACAGUCCUGAACACCUGGCAGAUGAAUCCGUAUGAUCGUAGCACAGCGUUUGCUAUCGGCCCAGAUGGUCUGUGUUGUCAAAGCAGGGAGUUCAAAGAGUGGCACGGGUGUCGCUCCACCAAAGGUGUCACCAAGGGGAAGCACUACUACGAGGUGUCGUGCCAUGAUCAGGGCCUGUGUCGAGUGGGCUGGUCCACCAGCCCGGCUUCUCUGGACCUGGGGACUGAUAAGUACAGCUUUGGGUUUGGAGGGACUGGGAAGAAAUCCCACAACAAGCAGUUUGACAGUUAUGGAGACGAAUUCACGAUGCACGACACCAUCGGAUGCUACCUGGAUCUUGACAAUGGUCAUUUGUCAUUCUCCAAAAAUGGUACUGAUCUGGGUUUGGCCUUUGAGAUCCCCCCUCACCUGAGCAACCAGCCUUUCUUUGCCUCCUGUGUACUCAAGAAUGCAGAGCUGAAGUUUAACUUUGGCGGAGAGGAUUUUAAAAACGCCCCUAAGGCUGGGUUUGCAGCACUGGACAAAGCAGAAGAGAGACAUGUGGUCAAGUCCACUCAGUCUGGCAGUGCCAAGGUGAGUCAGGUGAAGGCCGUGUCCACCGCCCCCAAAGCCCUCAUCAUCGAGCCCUCCAAAGAGCUGGCUGAGCAGACGCUCAAUGUGGUCAACCAGUUCAAGAAGAAUGUGGACAACCCCAAGCUCAGAGAUCUCCUGAUCAUCGGUGGCGUAGCGGCCAAAGAGCAGCUGGCCAUCCUGGACCAGGGGGUGGACAUCGUGGUGGGAACUCCAGGGCGGCUAGAUGACCUGAUCUCCACAGGGAAGCUCAUCCUGUCCCAAAUCCGCUUCCUCGUCCUGGAUGAGUGUGAUGGGCUACUCUCUGCAGGCUACACAGACUUCAUCAUGAGGGUCUACAACCAGAUCCCGCAAGUCACCUCGGACGGCAAGAGGCUGCAGGUCAUUGUGUGUUCCGCCACCCUGCACUCGUUCGACGUGAAGAAGCUGUCGGAGCGCAUCAUGCACUUCCCCACCUGGGUGGACCUGAAGGGGGAGGACUCCGUCCCCGAGACGGUCCACCACGUGGUCGUCCCAGUCAACCCCAAGCAGGACCGCCUCUGGGAGAGGCUGGCCAAGAACCACAUCCAGACGGACGAGGUCCACGCCAAAGAUAACACCAGACCAGGAGCCAACACCCCAGAGAUGUGGUCGGAAGGCAUAAAGAUUCUGAAGGGAGAGUAUACGAUCAGAGCCAUCAAGGAACACAAAAUGGACCAGGCCAUCAUCUUCUGUAGGACCAAGAUUGACUGUGACAACAUGGAGCAGUACUUCAUCCAGCAGGGGGGAGGUCCCGAUAAAAAAGGACACCAGUUAUCCUGCGUCUGUCUCCACGGCGACAGAAAGCCUCAAGAUCGCAAACUCAACUUGGAGGUGUUCAAGAAACAGGAAGUGAAGUUCUUGAUCUGCACAGACGUGGCUGCCAGGGGCAUUGACAUCCGAGGAGUUCCCUACGUGAUCAACGUGACUCUGCCAGACGAGAAGCAGAACUACGUCCAUCGUAUUGGCCGAGUGGGCAGAGCUGAGAGAAUGGGAUUGGCCAUUUCUUUGGUUGCUAUGGAGAAAGAGAAGGUGUGGUACCACACAUGUGCUAACCGGGGCCGAGGCUGCCACAACACCAGGCUAAAGGAAGAUGGAGGCUGCACUAUCUGGUACAACGAGCUCGAGCUUCUGUCAGACGUGGAGGAGCACCUGAAGUGCACCAUCACCCAGUGUGAGCCAGACAUCAAAGUGCCAUUGGAUGACUUCGACGGGAAGGUCACUUAUGGACAGCGUCGGUCAACAGGAGGUGGUCACUACAAGGGUCAUGUGGAUGUGUUGGCCCCCACUGUACAGGAGCUGGCCACCCUGGAGAGAGAGGCCCAGACCUCCUUCCUCAACCUGGGCUACCUCCCCAACCAGAUAUUCAAGGCCUUCUGAAGACACAUAUAAACAUACCUAUGCAUGUCUAGUCAAAUCAUCAUCUCAACUACUUCAUUACCUGGUGUAUGCUUUUUGGUGUAAACCCCUACACUCACAAACACGAAUACAUUCAGAGAGAGUACCUAGGCCCUACACAACAGUGUGUGGAAUACCUUUUGUAGACUCAUUUAAACAUGCUUACCAGCUUUAUUCUUCCUAAACUUGUACCGUCAUUGCCUUGGGUGAUACAGUACAUAUUGUUAAGGUCCGCUAAAAACAAAAGUGGCAAGCAUAUUCUAAUCAAACAGCACAGCUCAUUCAUUUAGAUUUAUUCACAAUUUAGCUCGGAUCGAUAGCUGAGUGGAAAUGGUCAAAUGAGUCGAGUUGAAAACAAAUUGAGUGAUUGUUUAUGUUCCUUAUGUUCCUUAUAAAGGUUAUGUUUAAAAUAAAUUUUUGUUGAGCUGA